CGCAUCGCACGCUUCCAUUUCUUGCUGAUUAAUGCAGAGUAGGAGGAAAAGAGCAGUGCUUUCUGUUUCUCCCUCUUCUUUUGUUUCCAUUUUAGUCACGUGGCAUUGUCAUCACAGGGUCUUUUUUUUUUUUUUUUCUAACUGACACAUAAUGCGAAAAAAGCGAGUGCAAGUGUCAUGAUUAAACCUCGUACUGCAUAUCAGUUAAUAAUUGAUAAAACCUCAUUCUGACGGGUACAGUCGUUGAUUACAGAACAAAGUGUGAGUUAAACCAGUUUCCUUGACUUUUUCCUGUGCAGCUCCCAGGUAAUUUGCUCAGCUUAUCUUCCUAUUAAAGACGUGCAUUCAGAAUAGACGAGUACUGAAUCAAGUGAGGCACUCUACACAGCUUUGUGCUAAAAGAACUGAAAUUGUUUUAUAGAUGAUUAUCACUCUCUUCCCCUUUUUUAUCGUUUCCUGAAGAAACGAAGCGAGAAGGAUCAUCUUUUCAAAUAUAUUAAAAGGAAUUUUUAAAAAAUACAUUGAAAAAAUACUAUAAAUUUAUCAUCUUUGAAUUGUAGUGAUAUGGAAAUUUUUUUCACUCUCGUCGUCAUCGCAUGUGCUAGUAUUGCGUUGAUGGCCAUGAAAUGGGUCUCAGACAGACGCGAACGUCAGAAGCUGCUGAGACGCUGCGGCAUCCCGGGUCCAGACCCUGCUCUUUUGACUGGCAACUUGAAAGACAUCAAGAGCAAGUCGACGCCGAAUGAAACGAUAACGGUUUGGUUGAAAAAGUACGGAAGCGUGUUUGGAUACUACUUGGGUGGAUUGCCUUACAUCAUCGUAAAAGACUUGGACAUACUAAAACAAAUAUUCAUCAAGGAUUUCCACUUGUUCUGCAACCGGCACUUAAUUUUGGACAUAUCACCUCUCAAUAAGACGCUUGUUGGACUGACAGACAAGAGGUGGAAGGAAGUGCGGACAUUACUAACCCCAACUUUCACCUCGGGAAAGAUCAAAUUAAUGUCGAAUAUUGUCAGCAAAAAGGUGGAUAUCACGGUUGAAGUGGUUACGAAAAAAGCAAGGAACAAAGAAAUGUUUGACAUCUAUGAACUCGUUCAAGGACUGACGUUGGAUGUUAUUGCUGACUGUGCCCUCGCGAUGAAAACGCAUUGCCAGGAAAAUUCCCAAGACAUAUUUCUUAUUUCCGUGCGUAAUUAUUUUCGCUAUGCAAGCAAUCCUGCUGUAGAAUAUGCAAUAAUGUUUCCUUCCGUGGUUAGUAUUAUGAGCUUCAUCAACAAAUUCAUGACAGCCGGACAAAUGACCGACCUCAUAGUAGACAGCGUGAACACAGCCAUAGCUGAAAGGAGAAAGAAUCCAGAAACCAAGAGCAUGGAUCUUCUGCAGUUAAUGAUAGAUCACAGAGAGAAGGAUGAAAUUGCGACUGGAUUGACAGAUGAAGAAAUUAUUGCCAAUGCAUGGAUUUUUUUACUAGCUGGUUAUGAAACAACUGCUACUGCCUUGGCCUUUACCUUCUACUUAUUAAUAAAACACCCUGAAAUUCAAGAGAGACUCUACAGAGAGAUUGAAAAAGCGGAGGAUGACAGCUAUGCCUCCAUUCAAAAUCUCCAGUAUUUGGAUCAAGUCUUCAGUGAAUCCCUUCGACUCUAUCCUCCGGUCACAGGAUUCAUAUCCAGAAUCUGUAGCGAAGAUUAUCGGGUAGGAUCCAUGACAAUUCCUAAAGGAGCUGUAGUCCAGGCUGCAGUCUGGGACAUCCACCACGAUCCAGAGUUGUGGCCCGAACCGUGGAAGUUCGAUCCUGAUCGAUUCGCUCCUGAAAACAGAGCGUCUCUUAACAGCAUGGCGUACAUGCCUUUCGGCAUAAGCAGGAGGAACUGCAUCGGUGCAAGAUUUGCCCAGGCUGAAGCGAAAUUGGCAUUGUUCAGGCUGGUGAAAAAAUUCAGGUUUGAGACAUGUGAAAAGACUGACGAUCCAUUACCUUUGAUAUGCCCAACUGUCAUUAUCAAUCCAGGUAAUGGCGUUUACCUGAGAGCUGUACCACGAACUGCUUUAGAGAUUGCUAUGAAAUGUUCAGGUGGCAAAGAUGAAAAUAAUUUCUUUCCCCUUAAGUCUUUACCAAAGCUAAUACUGUUUGAGAUCAGCAGCAUUCCUGUAUAUGAAGUGGUUUCCUACGUAAGACUGAAAACUUCCAGCGAAAUCUCUGAACAACUUUUGGCUUCAAAGAGCCGUGUGGUCUCUCUUAAACGAAUAACCCUUCCUCCCCUGGAAAUAAUGGGAAUGUUGCUUACCAUAAGACUGACAAAAAACGUUACUAGAGUUUUAGGGGAAAAAAAUACUACAACAAGUCACUUCUGGAUCGAUUCAACUAUGAGUUGGAUUAAAGUUUCUAGUAGCAGAUGGAAAGCGUUUGUCAUGAACCGCAUGAAAGAAAUACAAGUGCUUACAAACAAAGACUCUUUGCAUCACUGCUCCGGAAUGGAUGCAUCCGCGCUACUUUUAGCGACCCUCAUUGUUUGUAUUGCGGUUAUGAUUGUACUUUGGGCAAGAAACAGAGAGAAAAACCACAACUUGUUCAAGCGCUAUGGAAUUCCUGGUCCCGAGCCCUCGUUCUGGUGGGGCAACUUAAAAGACAUGAAGUACAAACCAACCAAAAACGAAACUAUAACUGCGUGGCUCAAGAAAUACGGAGACGUAUUUGGAUAUUUUUUGGGUGAAGUGCCGUUCGUCGUAGUGAAGGACUUGGAAAUGUUAAAGCAGAUGUUCAUCAAAGAUUUUGAAUUCUUUCGCAAUCGACCUCUGUUCAUAGAUUUACCACCAUUGAGCGAAACACUUAUUGGAUUAAAUGGCAAGCGUUGGACCGAUGUGAGAAAUUUUCUCUCUCCCAUCUUUAGUUCGGGGAAGAUCAAGUUCAUGUCACACAUUUUCAGACGAAAAGUAGACAUCACUGUCGAUGUCGUUGCAAGCAAAGCGCAGAAGAACGAAGCCUUCGACAUGUACAAGGUGGUGCAAGGGCUGACGCUGGAUGUUAUAGCCGAUUGCGCCCUCGCAAUGAAAACACGCUGCCAAGACAAUCCGCAAGACGCUUUACUCACAUCUGUCCAGAGUUAUCUUUGCCGAAGCCACAAGACAGCCACGCAUUAUACUUUCAUGUUCCCGUCCAUAGCGUACGUCAUGAAACUUAUCAAUAAACUCAAGACAGCGGAAAAAAUGAUGGAUCUCGUCGUGAGCAGCGUGAGCAAAGCCAUUACUGAAAGGAACAAGAAUCCGGAAAUCAAGAGCAUGGACUUUUUACAGCUGAUGCUAGAGCGACGAGAGAACAAUGAGAUGGGUGCUAGACUCUCCAAUGAAGACAUUCUUCAUAAUGUGUUUCUUUUUAUCCUGGGUGGCUACGAAUCGUCUUCCACAUCGUUAGCAUUUACCUUCCAUUUGCUCGUGAAACAUCCGGAGAUUCAAGAAAAACUUUAUGAAGAGAUGGAGCGGGCAGAAGACGACAGUUACCACACCAUUCAAAAUCUUCAGUAUCUCAACCAAGUUUUAACAGAAUCUCUUCGAUUAUAUCCUCCAAUUACAGGUUUUGUAAUUCGAGAGUGUAUUAGAGACUACCAGGUAGGAUCAGUAACAAUACCGAAAGGAGCUAUCGUGGAAGCUCCAGUUUGGGACAUCCAUCACGAUCCAGAUCUGUGGCCAGACCCGUGGAAGUUUGAUCCGGAUCGUUUUUCGCCCGAAAACAAAGCAUCCCUGAAUACCAUGGCCUACAUGCCGUUUGGAAUCGGCAGGAGAAAUUGCAUAGCGGCGAGAUUUGCUCUAGCAGAAGCAAAACUCGCAAUAUUUAGAUUGAUUAAAAAGUUCAGAUUUGAAGCGUGUGAAAAGACUAUUGACCCUCUACCUGUGAUAUGCCAAGGAGUCAUGACUUUUCCAGCCACCGGAAUCUAUAUGCGAGCAAUACCAAGAACUACAACAAUGUAAAAUGAAAACAAUAGUAUCAGUAAAUGAGCUUUCAUUGCUUAAUUUUAUUUGAUGCAAGAAAACG